GAUAAUGGCGAUCCUCUUUGCCGGCAUUGUCAUGUCUCAUUACACUCAUCACAACCUGUCCCCGGUCACCCAGAUCCUCAUGCAGCAAACCCUGAGGACUGUGGCCUUCCUGUGCGAAACAUGCGUCUUCGCCUUUCUUGGCCUCUCCAUCUUCAGCUUUCCACACAAGUUUGAGGCCUCAUUUGUCAUCUGGUGCAUUGUUCUGGUGUUGUUGGGUCGAGCAGUCAAUAUAUUUCCUCUGUCUUAUCUGCUCAACUUCUUCCGCGAUCACAAGAUCAACCCGAAGAUGAUGUUCGUCAUGUGGUUCAGUGGUAAGCGGUCACUUCUCUUCUCCAAGCCGGAUAUGUAUGUCCCAGGCACUCAGCUUCUCCAGAGUUCCGGCAGGUCCAUGUCCCAGGAUCUUCAUCAUGGCCGCAUACAGAUGAAAAGUCUAACCAACAAGUGGUAUGAAGAGGUCCGCCAGGGGCCCUCCGGGUCUGAGGACGAUGAGCAGGAGCUGCUAUAG